AUGGACCAAUUAGUUACAUUUGAUCCCAUCUCGUUCGAUUCUAAUUGGUCGACGAUGGACACGUCAAAUUGGACCACUACAUCCGCGCCACCAAAGAACCAAGUGUUGGUGUGGGACGGUCCGCAAAAAAUUCAAAUUCCACUGUACUGUAUCAUAUUUAUGCUUGCCGUCGUUGGAAACAUACUUAUUAUUUUAACUCUGGCCCAAAAUCGACGGAUGAGGACAGUGACAAAUCUGUUCCUUCUCAAUUUGGCCGUGUCUGAUCUUCUGCUCGGCGUACUUUGCAUGCCCUUCACCCUGAUCGGAGCGCUCCUACGAGAUUUCGUGUUUGGCGGGACCAUGUGCAAGCUGAUACCUUUCCUGCAAGCUUGUACUGUGUCUGUGGGUGCCUGGACCCUUGUGGCAAUUUCAGUGGAGCGGUAUUACGCCAUAUGUCAUCCUCUGCGUUCACUAACUUGGCAAACGCCCAGUCAUGCCUACAAGACCAUCCUGGCAAUAUGGAUUGGUAGUAUUAUAUGCAUGAUGCCGAUAGCACUACUAAGUCAACUAAAACCGACUAAGCGAGGUAAUCACAAAUGUCGUGAGGACUGGUCAUCGCUAGAAUUCGAGAAAGCGUACAAUAUAUUUCUGGAUAUCAUACUGAUGGUGUUACCUUUGGCUGUGCUGGCAUUAACAUAUUCCUUGAUUAUUUGUACACUUUGGAAAGGAAUAAAAACAGAGAGGGCUAUCAAGAGUCAGGCUCCUUCCUCAUCGGUGGACAUGUAUGUCCACCUUCAAGGCACCUCCACCACGACCUGGAGCUCCCGAAAUAGAGCAACCGUCCGUCAACAGUCUCAAUGGAAACCUGGAAGAAACUGCUCCGACGAUGCCAAUUCUCUGGUCAGCUCCAACGGGUCUCGCAAAAUAAUCACCGGUCUAAGAAAGACCAACGCGGAGCGUAGCCUAUGCAACAAAAAGCGGGUCAUCAGGAUGCUCUGCGUGGUGGUAAUGGAGUUUUUUGUCUGCUGGACACCGCUCUACAUCAUAAACACUAUAGCAUUGUUCGAUAAAGAAUUUGUUUACAAAAAUAUCGGCUACACUGGCAUUGGAUUUUUUCAACUUCUGGCCUACUCGUCCAGCUGCUGCAAUCCUAUCACUUACUGUUUCAUGAAUUGCGGAUUUAGGAAGAGUUUCGUAAAAUUGUUCAGAUGCUUCAAAUCAAAUCCGGACAACAGAAAUUUUCAGCUCGAAGGCAGCGACGGACAGAUGGACUUGAAAUUCGUGCACAACCGUUGCGCCGAUUUUACUUAA